AUGAGAUGCGAUGGGAUGCAGCUGCAUGCAUUGGAGCAGCAGCUGCUGUUCUCCGGGCGGCUGACGGAUGCGCUGCAGGCGCUGCUGGAUUGGCUGCACCGCGCGGAGCCGCAGCUGUGCGAGGAGGCGCCCGUGGGGGGGGACAGAGACCUCGUCAGCAGCCUGAUGGACAAACACAAGGUGUUCCAGAAGGAGCUGGGGAAGCGCGCCGGCUGCAUGAAGAUGCUGAAGCGCUCCGUGCGGGAGCUGACGCGCAGCAGCAGCAGCAGCAGCAGCAGCAGCGGCGGCGGUUGCAGCGGCGGUUGCGGCAGUGGGGUGGAUGCGCAGCGGCUGCAGCUGCAGAUGGAGGAGCUGAGCGCCCGCUGGGAGGCGGUGUGCGGGAUGUCCGUCUGCAAGCAGGGCAGGCUGGAGGCCGCCAUGCGACAGGCGGAGGAGUUCCACGCUUUGGUGCAUUCGUUCCUCGGGCGCCUCUCGGAGGCGGAGAAAACCCUCAAAUACGGCCUCGGCCCCCCCGAGGAGCGCAGCGCGCAGCAAUGCCAACUGCAGCUGCAGGAGCUGCUGCAGUCGCUGCAGUGCCAGCAGUUGGAGCUGGAAUGCAUCACCUCUCUGGGGGAGGAGAUCCUGGCCGUGUGCCACCCCGACUCCGUCGUCACCAUCCGCUCGUGGCUCACCGUGGCCAAAAGCCGCUUCCAGGAGGUCCGGGGCCGUUUGCAGCUGCACGAGGAGCGGCUGCAGUGUGAGCGGCGCCGCGCGGAGGCGGACCGGGAGGAACUGCAGCGGCUGCAGCUGUGGGUGGAGGCGGCCGAGGAGGCGCUGAGCGAACGCGACGGGGAACCGCUGCCCGACGGCGUCCAACUGCUGCGGGAGCUCAGCCGGCAGCACGCGGAGUUCAUGGAGGAGCUGAGCCGCAAAGAGGACGACGUGGACAGAGCCACCAAAGGCUGCGGGGAGAAACUGAGCGCGGAGCUCAGAGCCGCGGCGCCGAGGAGGGGGGCGGCACGUCCCCGCAGCGCUGCGCAGCCGCUGUUGCAUGGCGCGGUGCAUUCGGGCGCAGUGGAUCCGCAGCCCCCCGAGGCGGCGCAGCUCCUGCAGCGGUGGCAGCUGCUGUGGUUGGCGGCGUUGCAGCGGCAGCACCGCCUGGAGAGCGCCAUGCAGCGGCUGCAGGAGUUGGAGGAGUUCUCCCACUUUGAGUUCGGGCUGUGGAGGCAGCGCUUCCUGCAGUGGAUCGCGCAGAUGAAGUCCCGCGCGCUCGACGUCUUCCGCAGCAUCGACCGCGACCAGGAUGGGCGCAUCAGCCUCCGCCAGUUCAUGGACAGCGUCCUCAGCUCCAAGUUCCCCACCAACCCCCUGGAGAUGACGGCGGUCGCCCACAUCUUCGACGCGAACGGCGACGGCUUCAUUGAUUACUGUGAGUUCGUCAGCGCUCUGCACCCCAACCGCGACCCACAGCGCCGCGGCGCCGACGCCGACCGCAUCCAGGAUGAGGUGAACAGACAGGUGGCCCAAUGCAACUGCGCCAAGCGCUUCCAGGUGGAGCAGAUCAGCGCCAACCGAUACCGCUUCGGGGAGUCGCAGCAGCUGCGGAUGGUGCGCAUUCUGCGCAGCACUCUCAUGGUGCGCGUCGGGGGCGGAUGGAUCGCGCUGGACGAAUUCCUGGUCAAGAACGACCCGUGCCGAGUGAAGGGGCGAACCAACGUGAAGAUCAACGAGAAGUACCUGAGCCCCGACGCCUUCGGGGCCGCCGCCAAAUGCUCGGGGAACCAAUCGGCGCCCUCCUCCAAAGCGCUGUCCCCCAGCCGCUCCAAUUCCAGCCUCAGCCUCUACAGCAGCGCCUCGGCCCCCAGCAGCCCCCUGGCCAGGAAGUCGGUGCGCCGAAGGACGCGCUCCGGUGACCGCUGCCCGCGCGCCCGGGGAUCGCUGCCGCCCGACGGCGCCGAGCUGCGCUUCCCCGCGGCCGAGGAGAGCCCCGACGCGGCCCCCCCGGAGCCGCCCGACGGGUCCCCCCCGGAGCGCCGCAGCCCGUGCCGCUGAGCCCCACCGCCCCCCCUCGGCCGCCCCCACUCAGGACCGUCCCCCCGGCAGCCGCCCGUCCCGGGGCCGGAGGGAGGGAGGAAGGUGACGCCGCGGGACCCCCCCCCCCCCUCCGGCUCCGGCACCGCGCCGCGACCCCCAAAGCGGGAGCCCCGCGGUGAGGGCUGCGCCGUUCGGCCGGAAGCGCCCUACGUAUAUGCAACCCCCCCCCCCCCCCCCCCCAAUUCCCCCCGCCCGCCUGCGGCCGCCUCAGCUCCCCCGGGCCCCGGCGCCGCCGCAGCGCUGCGCUGCGCUCCGUUGGGACCCCCCCGGACCCCCCCUGCGCCCCAGAAGCGUUCGGCUUCAGCCGGGGGGGGGUUCCGUCCAGCCGCUCCCGGCGGGCGCGGGGUCCCCUCUCGGGCUCAGAACCCCAAUUCUGGUGCUAUCCCAACCCCUCGGCACUCAGCCGCCCCCCAACCCCCCCAUUCCCCCCCCCUCGGGCAGGGGAUCCCCGCCGUGCCCACGCAUGUUCACCGCCCCCCGCUAACCGGACGGCAGUAGAGCUGAAUGUAACCCCGGCGGGCCGCAGCCCCGCAGCCACAAUAAACAGUAGAGGUCUUUUUCUAUA